UUGGACUGAAGCACCUCCCUUUUGAUGACCCAGCAGUAAAGCAGUGAAGAUCUUUAAAUAGCAGGUGUCUAAUAAAAUUGGGAUCAUUUUCACAGUCUCUGUCUCAGUGUAGUACAGCUUAGACAAUGUCAUCCAGCGUAGCAGAAACCAGCACCCAGCUCCCUCCUCCCCCUGCAAGGGUAUUUUUCCAAGCAGCCCCCACUGGAGGCCGUGCAGGAACCGGACCAGCAACCAGGGAUGAUUCGGUCCAGAAAAAAAAUGGAAAAGUGACCGUGAAAUACGACAGAAAGGAGCUGAGAAAACGACUUAUCUUGGAGGAGUGGAUCAUUGAGCAGCUGAGCGUGUUAUACGAUUGCGAGGAUGAAGAAAUGCCAGAAGUAGAAAUAGACAUUGAUGAUAUUAUGGAUGCAACCAGUGAAGAUGAGAGGGCUAUUAAAUUACAGGAAUCGCUGGUAGACUGUUACAAACCAACAGAGGAAUUCGUCAAAGAGCUGUUGUCACGGAUAAGAGGGAUGAGAAAACUAAGUGCUCCGCAGAAAAAAGGUUCAUAAUGGACCGAAACAUCAAUUCAUCCAUCAGCCAUAAUUAAACUAAUCCCAGAACGGACCGACAUAAGAUCCUUGAUUUCUUACUUUUUUUUCCAGGUACUAUAUAUAUUAUAAAAAAAAAAAAAACUACGGUCUGAAGGACUUUUGUUUUAUUUAAACAGUGGUGUUUUUAAGUUUUUAAAGUUAGUUUUGCCAAGGAACCAAGUCUAGAACCCUAUUUAAUUAUUAUUAUUUUUUUUUUAAAAGCUAAUACUCUGGGAUAAAGAAUUUGUGGGUAUAGCAGUUUACAUUUACAGGAUGAAGAGAAAGCAUAUUCAACAACCUUGGUUCUCUUUGCCUUGGCACUGAAAUGUUGGUUGUUUUUUGUAUUUUUUUUUAUUUGUGUUUGGUUACAGCAAAAGAUUACUAUGUACAUGUUAGAAAAACCGAAGCUAGGGGUGCUACUGGUCCUUGUAGAUGCUGCAAGUAGGUGUGGGAUUUUAAAUUACUCCAGUAUUAACAUUCUUUGUUCCAAGCAGCAAUUUCUGUCUUUCUUGAAACCAAUCUAAAUGUGUAAUAUGAUAAACAGAAGCACAAGAUUAAGACCAUGUCCUUGGAGACGAAGUGGUGCAAAUGUAAUUGAUAGCUCACCAUCCUCCAUACAGCCUUGCUGUAUUAGUUGUCAGUUCAACAGUUUUUAGAAGUGUAGCCAAAUGUAUCAAGUUUAGCACGGAAGAGCCUGUGUCUUAACUGUGAAAAUGUUUGGCCCUUAAAAUACUGUUUUGACACCAACUGUCAAGGGCUUAAAUGUGUGUUUUUUUCGUUUGUUUUUUUUUUAGACCAAUUCUUGUUAGACAUGCUCUCGUGCAAAAAGUUAUGGAUAUACUGUAGAUUAUUUUUUUAUUAUUUAAUUCAAUUUUGCCAUAUCCACUUGUAAUUCUCAUUCUUCAAGGGGAUGUAUGACAAGCUUUCAUAUUGUAUAAAGCAGGAAUGCUUAACACCUGUCCAGUAAGAGUGGUUUGGGGGGGAUUUUGUUUUUGAAGACGGAGAGGUGGUGGUAUCAAGUUUUGAGCCGGCAUGUGAAAUGAAAGGGAAUUUGACAUGACUUUUUCUAUCUAGGAUGUUUUGACACUAAAGUCUUGUUGAAUUAUCAAGGAAUUUUGUAAAUGUUUGUUAUGUACAACUGCAAGCUUUUUUUUAAUGUCAUUUUAUGGUAUUUACUAGUUGUUUUUGCUGACAAUAAAAGCAAGAGAACACAA